CUGAUCCUAGAGGGUGGUGGUCGAAGCUGAACAUCGCAGACCUCCACCCAGGAGUCCAGCCUGGUCUUGGCUCCACUCCGGAUCCCAGGGCUGGUCAGUCUCUCAGGGAGGAACCAGGAGCCCGGAACAUCUGCAGGCUCUGGUGAUUACCACAUCAUCCCUUGUUCUCCAAGGAUCAUCCUUGCAGCCUCAGAAGGAGAAGCACCAGGAGCAGCAGUUUUCUCCAGAUACUCCAUCCUCUAGCUCGGCAGCAGACACCCCAAGGCUUCCAUUCCAUCCACUUGUUGGGAAAAAGGCCAGGAACACGUUCGGAUACCUUCUGCUCCCUGCCCAGACCAAUAAUGGUCCACUCCGCUCCCUCCCACGUAGCCACAAAGUGGUCAUAAGAGGAGAGGGAGAGGUCAUAAGAGGAGAGAGCCUUAGCAUCUUCCCGCCUUCCUCAAACCCACUCAGGAAGAUUAUGCGAAGGCACUGCUUCAACCUUGCCAUCGAUGGCCUCAGCCCCCAUUCCCCGUAGCCAACAGCCAGGCGGGCCCUCCCAGUAUUUCCAGCAGGACCCAGCUGGGGUCCACUGGGCCCCAGCAGAGAUCCAGCACCUCCUGGCCAUCAUGGAAGAGCCGGCCAUUCGGAGGCGCCUGAAGACAGUCCAUCGUAACACUUCUGUGUACGAGGAUGUGGCCCGACGCCUCCAGGAGCGAGGCUACGUCCGGCACGCCCACCAGUGCCGCACCAAGUUCAAGGCCCUCAAGGUGGCUUACAAAAAGGCUCGAGCCGCAGGCUUGCACUCUGGCGUGGCGCCUCGAGGAUGCCCCUUUUAUGAAGAAAUGGAUCGGGUGCUACAGACCCCGAUCACCCCUGCCAGUCCCAGCGACCCCUUACAGCAGAAGCAAGAGCCACGGGGGGAGAUGAAUUAUUCCAAAUGGCAAUGCGGAGGAGGAAGGAAUAAGGGUGAGCAGGGGGAAACUAUGCAAGAGUGUCCACCUGCCUUCCAGCGAAGGCAGCGGCAACAGCAGCAAUGUGGGUCAGAAGCAGAGCAUGAGGAUUUUAAGGGCAAAAUGGCAGAGCGGCCCAGGGAUUUAAACCCAGACAGCCAAGCUGGAGCCCAGGGAGGAAAGGACCAAAGAGAGACCAGCCAUCAGCCUGGGACAGGUUUCCAUAGAAAAUUGGACCAAAAUCUACCCCAAAGGAAGACAUCACCAACAACAACCCCACCAGCACCAGUAGUGACAACAGCCCUCUCUGGGGGACCACCUGGCCAGAUCUGCCAGUUUCCACCAAGGAUCCACAACUUCAGGAGGCACCAAAUGGCGACUCCCAUGAUGGCCACCGAGAUGGCAGAGAUUCGCCGCCUGGCUAUCCAGCUGGCACAAGAGUCAGCAACUCAACUGCAGCACCACCUGGACCAGCACAAUGCACACAUGGCAGCCCUAGUUCAGGUGGCCCGAGACAGUUAUGCCCAGCGCCAAGAAGUGGCGGCUCUCUUGCAAGAUGUUGCAGAUGAUAUUCAUGAGGGGUUGGCCCUACUGAGGUCUUCUGUUGGCCGCCUAGGUCAGGAAUAAGACCUUCAGAUAUCAAGCUCUCUUCCUCCCCUCCAGCCUCUGGUAUAAUUGGCAUCCCAAGGAGUUUAGGAUUUCCCAGGAGAUCUCAGAUCAUCUCUCUCUCUGUCUGUCUCUCUCUGUCUCGCUCUGACUCUCUCAUCAUCAUCAUCAUCAUCAUCACUUACACCAACAAUCCCUAUGUACAUUUUAGGAAGGCGAACUGUCUGUCUAGGAGCUUGGGGCAUCAGUGGAAAAUGAAAGCAGAAAAGGAAACGUUCAGUUGGAAAGAACUACAUGAGGUUUCAAAGAAAUAGGGACUUGGAUUAUCUGUAUACGGUCCUUCAUUUAU